UUUGCACCCUGUUUGGUUUCAUUUUCAAUCUUCCUUUUUUUGUCAGGCACAGGCUGGACAGAAGCUUUAACUUUUGAUUCCGUUGUUUUUUUUUUUGUUUUGUUUUGUUUUCUGAAACCAUAAUUUCGUCCAAAUAACCAAUGAAGGAAAAGCACUUUUUGUAAAAUACAACUAACAAUCAAGAGGAGGACAGAAAAAAUGAAUGAAGGUUUAAGGAUGAAGAUGAUCUCCAGGAUCCUGCUGCUCCUCAUCCUCAGCUCAUGUCUCUGUGCAGCAACAUUUGUAGUGAAUGUGACACAGAGCAGCUAUCAGGCAGAGGAGAACCACAGCAUCACUCUGGAGUGGACCUUCACCACCAAGACUAAUUCCUCUCCUUCCUCCCUCUUCAUCUACUGUAAAUUAAGGCAGAAUCAGACGGAUUUUGUCAUCUACCAUGUAUUUAUGGGCGUGGAAGCUUCUUUAUACCUGGACAAAAGAUUUACAGGAUGAGUCCAGAUUGACAAAGACGUCCUCAGAGAAGGACGAAUCAGAUUAAAUGUGUCCAGACUGAGGACUGAAGACUCUGGUCUGUACCAAUGUCAGGUCAACACAGAAUAUGGACAGGGCUCUGCCAGCCUUCAACUGAACGUUAAAGAACCUCAGACUGUCGGACCCACAGUGAGAACAGAACCAGAGAAAAAACAAACCACCAACCUUGGACUGAUAUUUAUUCCUGUGGUUCUAUCUGCUCUGAUCUUUGGUAUUAUUUUAUUAAUCAGAAAGAGGAAAUGAAAAAAUCUGAUGAGGAUACAAAACGUCAGAUCCACAAACCUUGAGGACUUUAAUUCUGUUUGACAUCAGUUUUAAUCUGAACCAACACAAGUUUAAGCCCAAGACUCUUCAGGGUUUGGCUGAAACAGGCGGCUGUUAUUCCUCUACUUUUCUACAUCUUAAUAAAUUAAAACUGAUGAUCAGAAUACAAGCCCAGGAGAAUAUAAUACAUACCUAUUUAAUUUUACGGCUGAUUCUUAUGUUUUAAUACUUUUUAGCUGAAAGGUUCAAGUCUUUGUUUAAUUUAACUUGAGCAGAAAAACCAGUUUGUAACCUGAGAGUUAAACCUUCAUGUUGCUGACAUAAAUACGCCUCCUUCCUGUUUCCAAUCACGAGUGAAUCUGAUGCAACAAAUGCAGAUAAUAACUUCAUCUACUGGACUUUCCUCACUCACAACGAAGCUUCAGUCACUGUCUGAUCGUCUCUCCUGCUGAAAAUAUUAAUAAUCACAGUGAGGAGAAUCGGCUCAAUACUCCACUACAAAGUCACACCUGAGAGAGAUGAAUCCGGAAGAAGAGCUUCAGUCACACAUCUUUUUCUACAUUGGUUCACGUUACGACGAGCUCUUGGAUCCCGGCUGUGGCUGACAAACAGAAAUCAAAAGGUCUGACGGCUCCUGGAAAAACUGCAGAAACGUCUCUUUGGUUUUUGUUCUUCUGACCUUGAGAAAAUGAGUUUGUUCUUCCUCCUUCUUCACCUGACCUGCUCUGUUCAGGGAAUAUUUACAGGUGAAACGCCUCCAGCUGUUCACGAAACAGAAGAAGACGACAACUUCACCCUCGGCUGGGACAGCCUGACCCAAACCAACACGACCCUCACCAGUGUGAUGUGUUUUCUCCUGCUGAGUCCUCCUAAAGUCCUGUAUCGAAAGAUAAGUGGAGCUGAGGCCCCAGAGUCUCAGGAUGGACAGUUUUCAGGACGAGUUCAGAGUGAAGGGAGAGAAGGGCGACUCAGACUCCACCUGUUCAGACUGAGGACUGAAGACUCUGGAAGUUACCGCUGUGACCUGGCUGCUUAUAACCAGGUGUUGAGGAAAUGGGAGCUGCAGACUUCAGUGACGUUUGUCCUGAACGUGACCAAAACCUCUCGCGGAGACACGUCUGCGUCUCUGAACACACCAAAGCCUCGCCUCAGCGCUACUGCAGAAAAACAAAAGCUUCAAAUAAUCAUGGUUACAUUUGGCACAGUUAUACUAGUUUUCUUCCUACUUGGUGUUGCAAUUCUGGCUUGUAGACUUUCUGGAAUACAAUGCACAGGUUGUCUAACCGGAAAUAUGGAUGAAUUAGAGGACAUAGAAAUAAACGGGAAUGAUUUUGAAGAGAUGAACCUUAUGAUCAACUACUGAGCAGAUCAUCUUCCAUCCGCAUCUGCUCCAGAUGUUCAUCAUUUCAUCUCUUCGAUUUUUGCCUCCAGAGAUUCUUCUAACAAAUUACCAUCAGCUUAUAGAAUAGAAACUGUCUAAGUGUAUUUAUUAACCCCCAAAUGGUACAUCCUGACUAUUUCCUUCUUCUCUGAUCAACUUUGUCGCCGUUUCUGACAUUAAGUGGAAUUUUGCAAAACUGAAGUGUAUCUACACAAUCCAUCAAAGCAACAAUGUGUUAAUAUAUUUAUGGCAUUGAAUCAUUUAACCAAACAUUAAUGUUCUUAGGGUUUCAUUUAUGAACUUUUAGGGUUUGUUUUAUUUUUAAUAGCAAAGUUAUAUUUUAUGUUACUGCUCAUA